AUGGCAAUGACCAAUUUUCAAACUGUAAAAAAGCCAACGAUAAGUUCGUCGUUCUACGAUAGUUAUACAGAAAAACCAGUAAAAUGGUAUGAAAUAGUCGAUGCUUAUCGAACAUAUACUGAAACAUAUCUUCCAUUACGUUUGGAAACUUGGCCACGUGAAAUGUGGGAAGCUUUUAAAAAAUUCUUUAAAGUAACUGAACCAGAAGAAGUCGAAGACGAUCCUGUUACUGAAGUACAAAGAACUCGCGCUGAUGGUAAUAUAAUUAAAACGACUGAAUAUGAUUUAACAAAUGAUAAAUAUGAUGCACGUAUAUCAAAUGCUGUACGAACACAUACAGAAAAAAAUAAAAUUAUUGAUAGAACAACAUCACGAGCACUUAAAGCAGAAGCUAGUGCUUCACAAAAUCCAAACCCAAAUCCAUAUCCGGAUCGUGCUGUUAGUACUGCUCGUCGUCAUCGACAUUCAAAUCAAAUAGCACCAAGUCCAGAUGAUUGUCCUGAAUGUGCUGCGUUAGCUGCUCGAAACUAUCCUACAAUGUGUGAUUGUAAUGAGUGUCGAGCUAAACGAGCAACAUAUCCUGGUCGUGUUCCAUAUUGUGAUUGUCGUAUAUGUCGUAAUACAAGAAGAUCUUAA